AUGUCCAACUUCACAGCCCCCGACGAUAGCCAAUGGAACAGCAAACCUGCGUGGAAACUGCCAGGAUGGUGUGAACCAGUAAUGGUGGCAAGCAUAUUGUUCUUUGCCAUGUUCAUGACCCGAAAACGAAACUACAAAAUAUUCGAUCGAUCGUCAGCGCAAAAUGGCUAUCUCGAUAGCGACCCAGACUUGUCUACUGAUCGCCUACUUCCACCUGGAAGUGAAACUGACGGCGAGUUCGACGAGGUGUUUUUAACGAAAUCUCCGCCAAAAGUACGAAGGGUAUGCUGCUGGAAGGUCACCACGCCAAACACGUCAAGAUUUCGCAAGAACAUUCAUAGUCGCAUCCUGCAGCGCUUUCCCUUCCUGAUUGAAAUGUUCUACUGGAUCAUCAACUACGCUUUCUACCGCAUGACCUCUGUACUGUCGAGUAAACUUUUCGCUGGCAGGGGGAUUUGGGACGUUGCGCAAGAGCAUGGGAUUGCUGUAUUGGAAGCAGAGCAGUACGGUCUGCUGAGCUUUCUGUUUCCAGUCCGAGAGCGCGAUGUGCAACAGUGGUUCAUGCAUGGCCACCAGGAUAUGCUCACGGUGCUGAACAAGUGCUAUGCGCUUAUCCACAUCCCUGGGACGGUUGGCUUCAUCUGCUGGUACUACUAUGUCGCCCCUUCUUUCGACACUUUUGCCGUUGCCCGCCGAACACUUACGCUCACCAAUUUCUGUGCUUUUAUAACUUUUGUCAUAUACCCUUGCAUGCCGCCCCGUCUGCUUCCUAAGGAAUACGGUUUUCUCGACACGGUCCGCCACGACGAUGCACAGAGUGUUUGGAUGAGCGGGAAAUUCGUCAAUCAGCUGGCCGCCAUGCCAUCCAUGCAUUUCGGCUAUGCGUUUUGCAUUGGCAUGACCAUGAUCUACCACUCCGGGCUUUUCCGCCGCACGCUCGAACGCGGUGAGGUUCGCAAAUCCGUCUUCUGGAAGAUAUUCUACCUUGUUCUCGGUGUUGGAUACCCCUCUUUUAUCUUGACUGUCAUUGUCGCCACGGCGAAUCAUUACUUCAUGGAUGCUAUGGUGGCGACUGUGUUUGUCUUCCUGAGCUUUGCACUUAACAAGGUGUUUUAUGUGUUCAUCCCACUAGAGGAUCUGCUUCUAUACGUAUUGAGAGUGGAUAAGCCAGUACCCACAACUGGCGAACGAUUCCACGAGAAGGGAGGGAGGAUCUAG